AUGACUAAUAUAUUUAGAAACUUGUUGAGCAUUGGUCAUUCUUGUAACCUUAAAAGUAACCUACACACUUCUCCCUUACAUUUUGCUUGGACCAAAAGUAAUUUACCCAAAAGGUUUUUAGAAUACAAUAAAAAGAUUUACCCUCCACAAGAAAUCGACGAAGAACCAAGACCUGCUUUUGUAUGUCAUCAGAAGACUAAUAUUAAGUAUAGCCCCGAGAAACUAUGGUACAUAGCGGUGUUGGUUAGAGGAAUGACCGUUGAUGAAGCUCUGAAACAGUUGAGUUUUGUUAACAAGAAAGGUGCCGGUUAUGUUAAAGACACCAUACUGGAAGCACAAAACCUGGCUGUUACUGAACACAAUGUUGAAUUUAAGAGCAAUCUAUGGAUUGCGGAAUCCUUCUCUGGCAAGGGCAUGGUAAUCAAGGGAGUGAGAAGACAUGCGAGGGGUCGACUGGGAGAAGUGAGGUACCAGUACAGUCAUUACUUUGUUAGAUUAGAAGAAGGGAAGCCGCCCAAAGACUAUUAUAAACAAAACCCUCUCACACCACAACAACAACUGGACCGCUGGCUCGAACAAAUGAGGAAAAGGAAGAUUAUUAACUCUUAUUAA